AUGGAAUGCGGAAACAUGGGUCUGUUCGACCGCGGAGUCCAGAUGCUGCUGACCACGGUGGGCGCCUUCGCGGCCUUCAGCCUCAUGACCAUCGCGGUCGGCACGGACUACUGGCUGUACUCCCGCGGCGUCUGCAAGACCAAGUCCAUGAGCGAGAACGAGACCAGCAAGAAGAACGAGGAGGUGAUGACCCACUCGGGCCUGUGGAGGACUUGCUGCUUGGAAGGAAACUUCAAAGGGAUGUGUAAACAGAUAGACCACUUUCCUGAAGAAACAGAUUACGAAGCGGACCCAUCUGAGUACUUCUUACGUGCGGUGCGAGCCUCCAGCAUCUUCCCCAUCCUCAGCGUCAUCCUGCUCUUCAUGGGAGGCCUGUGUAUAGCUGCCAGUGAGUUCUACAAGUCACGCCACAACAUCAUCCUCAGCGCAGGGAUCUUCUUUGUGUCUGCAGGCCUGAGCAACAUCAUCGGGAUCAUUGUGUACAUAUCAGCCAACGCGGGGGACCCAUCAAAAAGCGACUCCAAGAAAAACAGCUACUCAUACGGUUGGUCCUUCUACUUCGGCGCCCUCUCCUUCAUCAUGGCUGAGAUGGUGGGCGUCUUGGCCGUGCACAUGUUCAUCGACCGCCAUCGACAGCUCCGAAUAGGGGCGCGCGCAGCCGACUACCUCCAAGGCUCGGCCAUAACGCGGAUCCCCAGCUACCGUUAUCGCUACAGGCGCCGCUCGCGCUCAUCCUCCCGCUCCACAGACCCAUCACACUCUCGCGACACCUCGCCAGUGGGCCUCAAGGGCUUCAGCGCGCUGCCAUCCACGGAGAUCUCCAUGUACACGCUGCCCCGGGACACCCUCAAGUCCUCUGGCACGCCCACCGCCACCUACAACUCUGAGAGGGACCACAACUUCCUGCAAGUCCACAACUGCAUCCAGAAGGACCUGAAAGACUCGAGCCACACCAACACAGCAAACCGCCGCACCACGCCGGUAUGA